AGAAGUGAAAAUAAUCAAUAAGCCUGUCUGUAGAGUUGGUAUAAAAGGGCCCUUGCACAUUGUAGACAACACAGCCCUGCCGAACAACAAAGAGAGCAUCAUUUCAUUUACUCCAAACAACAUCAAAACAAGCAGAAUGGAAUACUACAAGUUUGCUCUGCUGGUGGUUUUCCUGUCCUAUGUUGAGCGCUCUUGGUCUGCUUCCUGCAUUGUGGACAGUUUUACAGUCAAGGAGAACUUUGACCCAAAACGAUAUGCAGGCAAAUGGUAUGCUCAGCAGAAGAAAGACCCAGAAGGACUCUUUCUCCAGGACAACAUCUCCGCUGAAUACACCAUUGAUGACGACGGCACCAUGACUGCCUCUUCCAAGGGCCGAGUAACACUUUUCGGAUUCUGGGUUGUGUGUGCUGACAUGGCUGCCCAGUAUAGCGUGCCUGACCCUACCACUCCUGGCAAGAUGUUUAUGAACUACCAGGGCCUGGCUAGCUACCUAUCUAGUGGAGGUGACAACUACUGGAUCAUUGACACAGACUAUGACAACUAUGCCAUCACCUAUGCCUGCCGCACCCUGAAGGACGAUGGCUCAUGUGAGGACGGCUAUGCCCUGAUCUUCUCACGUAACCCCCGUGGCCUGCCCCCUGCAAUCCAGCGCCUUGUUAGGCAAAAACAGGAAGAGAUCUGCAUGGCUGGCCAGUUUCAGCCCGUGCUGCAGACAGGGGCUUGCUAAGCUCUUGGUGCAAACUAAGAGGGAUUCAUUCAGCAUGCUGGCAUGAAAAGAGUCAUCCGUCCAGUGUUAGAGAUGCAAGAAGAAAUCAUUAUGCAUCAGGAAGAGACCAUUUGAACCAUCUUAUCUCAAGGGAAUGUUGUGUUGUGUUAUGUGUCUGCGACAGUAAAAAUUUUUUAAACUAAACUCAACUUAUUUGGAAUUUCUUAGGGAAGGAAAUUGGAUAGGGGUGGAUGGUUAUGCAUCAAUUUACAAAUUAAGGUCCGAUAUUUGAUUGUGAUAUCUAUACUCUUUUAAAUAUCAAUUUGCACAAUGUGAAAUCAGUCUGGCUGGAAAUAAUUUAACAGAUGAGAGAUGAUUUAAAAAAAAAUAUUACAAUGGAUACACAGCAUUUAGGAAUUUUUUUUUUGCAUUUAUUUUGGUCUGGGAAACAUUCUACAGACUAUGGGAAAAGCCUCUGUAGAAGGUUAAAGUUCAUGCGGCCUCUUUCGAUCUAAUUGGGUUCAAAUGAGACAGGUGUUGUGUUUCCAAAAGAAGACAGUAAUUCACUUAGUUGUCAGCACCAGGGCUUUACAAUGAUAAUUCCUGUAAACAUUAUAGAACUCUUUGUGCCAAGCAAAAGAAAGAUUCAAAUGGACAAAUGUGAUGAAGCAAAAGUAUUAGACACUACAUGGAGUGAACUGGGGUAAACUACAUUGUGUAAUGUGAGACACGCAGAUUCUGGCAUAUAUAUUUCUUGCUUAUCAUCUGAU